AUGGAUCAUUCAGAAAACGUUCCAUCUAAUGAUCAACACGAAAAUGUCACCCUUGUUGCACCAUCAGAAGGCUGCACAUUACAACGGCCGCACCGAGAGAUAGAGAAGGAGAAGAAAUACAAAGGAGUGAGGAAAAAGCCAUCGGGUAAAUGGGCGGCGGAGAUAUGGGAUCCGAGUUCGAAAUCAAGGAAGUGGCUUGGAACGUUUCUAACGGCAGAGACGGCGGCGAGUUCUUACGAUGAGGCGGCGCGGAGCUUGUCAGGAGAACAUCAGCAAGACGUGGCAAAACGAACGGAGGAAGAAUUAAACGGCGGCGGAGAUGACUGA